CAAAAAUUUCCCCUGAAAAAUUCGGCUUCUCCCUCUCUCGCGCGGCCUCGCUCGCCCCCUCCUCCCCAUUCCGUCCGCGCGCCCGCGCAUUCUCGCCGGAGCCUUCGGCGCCCUGCCGGCGGCGCUAGGGGUCCUUCCUCGGGGCUCGUCUCUGGCUGCGCUAAGGGCCUGUCCGUGGCCUCGGCGUCUUCCUCUGCGGUGCCCGACGCGCCGCCGGGGUCUCAUCGGGCGGAGCUAGGGUUUCGCCGCUUUGGGCUCAGGACGGCGAGAUCUAGGGUUUCUACAGAGGUAUGCCUCUGCUGCUCCCCUCGAAUUGUUGCGAUUGUGUGGGUGCCGGGUUCGUGCUGGUAGGUCCCGCGUGAUCCGUGUGAUUUCAGGGUUCUGAAUUGCCGGAUGUUGGGUGCGAUUGGGCGCGGAGGCGAGUGAGCGGCGGCGGCGGGCGCGCCGUCCUCCCCCGGCAGCGGCGACUCCGGCGGAUCUCCCCUCCGGAUAAGUGUUUCACUUUUUCAAGAGGAAGAUUGUAUUGGAUACCUGGUGCCUAGUAUUGGAAAACAAUGAAAGCUCAGAAGCAGCAAUUAGCACCUGGCACAGGAGCAAAUACCAAAUCUUGUUGCAAUAAAUUGCAUAGCCUGAAAGUUGGUGCUCAUAUCAACAAAUCACCAGGCAAUAUUGCUGCGAAACGCAGAAAGGGAGCUGGUUUCUCACCCAAGUCAUAUACUGAAAGCAUGAUAGUAGCAUCAAAGACUGGCGGUCGCAUGGAAUCACCACACAGUGAUUCUAUGAAGUUUUCUGCUCGGCCACCUAAUCAUUCUGGAAAGAUCAAGCUUCAACUUUUCCCAAUAGAUGAGACCAUUCAAAAGAUCAUGCAGCAAGAUAAACACAACCCUUAUCUGGAAUUGAUUUUGGCUCCUCGAAAGAAGAUAUCCUCAGUUGUACAGCAUCUGAACACAAAGUGGGGUAGUUCUCGGUGUGCAAAAGGCGAGCUCAUGCUCUUCCCUAAUGAUGCUAGAGUGGAUAUCAUAGCUAACAGUGCAAAAUGGACUCUUAAGGAUUCUUGCACGGCUGCUGAUGUGCAUGUUGCGGUUGGCAGCCCUUCAACAUUCCGUUUGAGGUAUGGUUGGUUUGGGCCCAAUUUGAAGCAACAAUGCAGUGGACCAUCUUUGUCAUCAGUGCAGUCUGCAGACAACACUAUUGGCAUGAAGCCUCCAGAUCUUGUUUUCAAUGAACAGAAACAUAUGGCUGGCUCGUGUGAAUUUCCUAGUAACUUUGUGACACCAUCCAUUGUGGAUAACACAAUUGCAGUACAACCAGUGGAUAAUCAAAGUAGAGUGGCACCACUUUCAUGGCUUGACUCAAUAUCCAAUGUAAGCUUUGGUGCGCUGUUAUCUGAAGCUGCACCGUCUCAAGACAGCAAGCAAUUGCCUUCUCAAAAUAACUUGAGUCUCCAGCAGAUCCCUGCUACAUGUGAUUCAUUUGAUGCUGCUAUCGCUUCUCUGAUUGCUCGUCAGCAAACAAGUAACCAGCCAAAGGUGUCAAAUCCAUCUCUUUGGGAAGCUGAAGAAACUUGUCAUGCAUUUGCCUUCCAGAAUCAAGCUUCGAGAAGAACAUCAAGUUCAGUCCCUGGCAACAGUGGUUCUGCUUCUGUCUUGGGUCCAAUUCCAGAAACUGGCACAGAUGAUGAUCAGCAAUGCUCUACUGGUAACGAAAGGGAAGCCACCACUGAACCAUCAGUAUUGGGCAGUGAUCAUAAUGCAAAUCCAGAGACCUCAAUGCAUGAGUCCACUGGUGACCCAGAGCAUGGAUCAUCUUUCUCUGGAUUCUUGAGCGGAACUGACAGUUUAGGGCUCAGCGGUUUACUUGCAGACAGCCUGGAUGCAUUCCAAAAUUUCUCUGUUUCUUAAAUCUCUCAUCCAUGAGGGAUGUAGGGGCUACAGAUUACAGCCUAGGUGAAGGUAUAGGUUCACUAGGUUUCUGUUUAAUUGAGAGAACUAACCAUUUUGGUUUUGCUGAAGCCACUUCUGUAGAUAAAUUGCCCAUCUUAAUCAUGUAAACAUUUGCUUAUUUCUACUUUGCUACUUGGAAAAUAUAUAUAUAUAUAUUGAAGCUGUCAAUAUUCUGUU